AUGUGUAUCUGUGUGCGCGCGCGCGCGUGCGUGUGGGUGUGUGCGUGUGUGUACAUACACCGGACAGAUCCCGCGUCCCGGAACCACGGCCAGAACCCAGAGGAAUAAGCCGCUCUUCUCGCUUCUUCUCCGGGGUCCUGCGAAACGUUUUAAACGCUUAAAAAGGAAAGAAAAGAAAUUGAUCCCCAUCUUCCAGGGAAGUCUGGCUCGAGCCCCACCGGGGUUCGCGUGUAGUCUCCUGGUCCGGAGGAAUAAAGAAGCAGACCACCAAGCCUCCUGGACCCUCGAGUCCACAGCUAGCCCCGCGUCAGCGCCCCAUGGAUAUAGCAACAGGUCCCGAGUCUCUGGAGAGGUGCUUCCCCCGUGGACAGACCGAUUGCACCAAGAUGCUGGACGGCAUCAAGAUGGAAGAGCACGCCCUGCGCCCCGGGCCCGCAACCUUGGGGGUGCUCCUGGGCUCGGACUGCCCGCAUCCCGCGGUCUGCGAGGGCUGCCAGCGGCCCAUCUCGGAUCGUUUCCUGAUGCGAGUGAACGAGUCGUCCUGGCAUGAGGAGUGUUUGCAGUGCGCUGCGUGUCAGCAAGCUCUCACCACCAGCUGCUACUUCCGGGAUCGGAAACUCUACUGCAAACAGGACUACCAACAACUGUUUGCAGCCAAGUGCAGUGGCUGCAUGGAGAAGAUUGCACCCACGGAGUUCGUGAUGCGGGCCCUAGAAUGCGUGUACCAUCUCAGCUGCUUCUGCUGCUGCGUGUGUGAGCGGCAGCUCCGGAAAGGCGAUGAGUUCGUGCUCAAGGAGGGCCAACUGCUCUGCAAGAGUGACUACGAGAAGGAGAAAGACUUGCUCAGCUCUGUGAGCCCAGAUGAGUCAGACUCUGUGAAAAGUGAUGAGGAAGACGGCGAUGUGAAGCCUGCCAAAGGCCAGGGCGGCCAGGGCAAAGGUAGUGAUGAUGGGAAGGACCCCAGGAGGCCGAAGCGGCCCAGGACCAUCCUCACCACACAGCAGAGGAGAGCAUUCAAGGCUUCCUUUGAGGUUUCCUCCAAGCCCUGUCGAAAGGUCCGAGAGACACUCGCUGCUGAAACAGGGCUCAGCGUCCGUGUGGUCCAGGUCUGGUUCCAGAACCAGAGAGCCAAGAUGAAGAAGCUGGCAAGGAGGCACCAGCAGCAGCAGGAGCAGCAGAACUCACAGCGGCUGGGGCAAGGUAUGUGUGUGAAGGGUAGGGCUUCUCAGUGCUGUAGGAGCAAAGAGGUCCUGUCCAACCGAAUGGAAGGAAUGAUGGCAUCAUACACACCACUGGCCCCACCCCAACAGCCCAUUGUUGCCAUGGAACAGAGUACCUACGGUAGCAGUGACCCUUUCCAGCAGGGUCUCACGCCUCCUCAAAUGCCAGGGAACGACUCCAUUUUCCACGACAUUGACAGUGAUACCUCGUUAACGAGUCUGAGCGACUGUUUCCUGGGCUCCUCCGACGUGGGCUCCCUCCAGGCACGAGUAGGGAACCCCAUCGACAGGCUCUACUCCAUGCAGAGUUCCUACUUCGCAUCCUGAGAGAGAAUGGAGCCCCAGGGCUGGCCGGCGGGUAGAGGAGGUGGGCAGGCCAGCCGAGCUGCCCAGACAG